AUGCUGCUGCUAUUCAGAAACCGUGCCGCUGCUUCCGCCGCGAGAUCGGCCCUCCGCCCGGCGCCGCUCGCCGGCCGCAGCCUCGGCUCGGCCCUGCCGUCUCGCUCCCCCGUACCGGCCGCCCGUGUCAUCCGCAGGGCGGCGGCGCUGGAGACGCUGCUGCCCCUGCACACGGCGGUGGCCUCGGCGCGCCUCAGGUCCUGCAUCGCCGUCGACUCCGCCUGCUGGAGCCCGCUCUCCCUAGGCCGACCACUGAGUACGUGCUGAGCGCUGUUGGUACUGCCAUGGACAUGUGACUGUUAUUGCGCGUAAUGCGCCUAGGAAUAAAGAGAGCGGAUCAUGUUGACGCUACAAGAUUUAUGAGUCUUUCAAUAAGGAAAUACCUCGUUGUUAUUCCCAGUAGAUUGGACGGAGGGAGUAUACUGUUUUAGAACACCUUGAGGUCUUCUCUUCAUUAAUACUUGUUUUAU